AUGAGUAAUGAUUUGAUUCUCAAAAUUGAAUGUAAUCUUAAAUCAUUCUAUUGUAAACGUCGAUUUCCUAUUAAUGAAUGGAGUUUAGGAGAUUUUCGUUUAUACAUUGAACAAUUAUUGGAUAUUAAUAUUGAAAAUGUUAUAAUUUUAUUACAUUCACAAGAAUUAACUAUAGAUCGAGAUAAUGAUUUACUAUACUUCACUGCCAAUAUGGUUCAAAAGACUUUCAAUACUAUAAACGAAUACAUUCAUUAUUCAUUACCGAAAUCUAAACAAACUCGUUCUACUGCAAAACAAUAUAUAACUACUACGAUGACACUCGAUAAAACUCGAAUCAUUCCACUUAUGGCUCGACCAUUUGAAGUUAUUAACGUUACUACAGGUGGUACCAAUGACUCACAGAGCGGUACGAAACCACCAAAUGAUUAG